GGUUGUACAGCAUUGCAGGGUGCUCUUAUUCUAUGGUCGGGGAAGUCGGUGAUUGCUAACUUGCAGAGAUUAUUUGGGCAACCUUAUAAUAAUUAAUAGAAUUGUGUGUGAUAUAAUUUAGGCAUAUAGUUUUGAAAAGCUAUAUUUUAGACUUGUUUUGUAUUCAAAAAUACUAGAGACUGAAAUGGAUCAAUAACUUACCUGCACUAGGGUAAAUAUAAUUUUCUGUCUUUUUACCUAUAUAUUGGAUUAAAUCUAAUAUAUUGGAUUCUCUUCUAAUACUGUAAUAAAAGAAAAUGCCACUGCACAAAUAACAGAAACUGGAAAGAGGAUGAUCAAGAUGAUGUCUCUGGACUAGUAGAAAAGAAGGAGAAUGCUGUGGUACAUUCAAGUCCCAGUUGUUGUGCUCACAUCACUAGCAUGUACCGAUGCGGACUUAUGUUUUCCUACUCGCUCAAUCUACUGCUAUGAGUGUGACAGCUGGAAGGACGCAAGAUGCAAGGAUCCUUUUAACUAUACAGCGCUUCCACGGGACCAGCCGCCCCUCAUGACCUGCAAUGGUUGCUGCGUCAAGAUGGUCCGCAAUUCUAGAUCACCCUACGAGAGUGUCCGGAGAACUUGUACAUCGCAGUUACAAAUAAACCUAUUCAUGGUGGAUCAUGUUUGCAUGAUGGAAAGUACAGGAACGGGCCAUAUGUGUUUUUGUGAGGAAGACAUGUGCAAUUCCAGUUCCCCCCUCUCUCCUCUCCUAAUUCUAUUGCUGGUUUGCAUGAUUCCUCAAGUGGUUAGAUAGAGCUUGAACUAAACUGCAUGUUUCGGCUCAAAUUAUCAUGAAAAGUUCGCUUUCUCGAUUUAAAUUGUAUGUAUCCUGGAUUAUGUUUUUGAUCGUUUUAAAGUAAAUUCCGAUUACUAUAAUUUGUUGAGAGAUAUUUUGUGUAAGAAUUUCCACAUUGAAAAUCUUGACGGGUAAAUUUAUGGCUUACGUUCUAAAUUUGUUUCACAAAGAAACUCUUUUCCAACACCAAUGAAUAUAGAUACAAAUUUAAAAGUUAUUUGCAAUAAGGAAUAUUGUAUACCUAUUUUGUAAGUGUUCUCUUCAGGUAUCGCUAUUGGAUAAGUUUUUGUAAAACAAAAACCUCGAAUGUUCAGAUAGGUUUUUAUUUAAUUUUUUAAGUCGGAUUACACACAAUUGAACCCUGGUAGUGGUGAAAAGACUAGUUACCCUAAAGUUGUUGCUUGUCUUAGCAGCUGAGUGUGCCUUGUGGAUGGGAGGUUAUGGUGCAUGGUGGUUCUAGGAACUAGCUACCUAGUGCUAGUGGCAAAAUUGUAAUACAGGCUGGCUGCCUAUGUACUGUAGUGUGGAACACUUUGAAAUAAUAGUCUGAGGGAUAAGUUUAUGGCAUGCAUUGAACACCACAGGAAUAUAGUGAGACAAAAAGAAUCACUGAGGAAUGGUAAGCCCAUAAUACAAAAAUAUUAGAUCCAAGUAUUCUGUUUUUUGUACUUUUAACAAUUAUACACAUUUAGCAGAAUUUUAGUUGACCCCCAUAUUAAAUAAUUUCAAAAAAUAUUUAGGGUAAUGUAAGGAAACCCCCAGACUAUUACCUCAAAAUGUUUUUGUAAUAGUUAAUAUGUAUUUUUAUUGGCUUGUACAUGAUGUAGUAGUAGUAUCGUAGGUACAUCAGAUUUGCACUCUCUGAUUUUGUUUUAUCGAAUGACAGUUUAGUAUUUUAUUUGCUUAGCGUGAUGCAGCAACUAGUAAAUGGCAAUGUUAACAGAGUUUUGAACGGUUUGUUCAGUUACAUGUGGUUCUAGGUUUAAACCAAUUGACGUUUUUUGUUUUGAUCUGCUACACAAACCACUGGGCUAAUCAAUCAUUUAAUAAUGCUUACUUUUACUGAGUACAAAUUUCAAUCCACUUUUCUAUUUCUGCAUGAUAUCUGAAUGCUAUGCACCCAAUUUUUGUGUUUUAAUUUGCUUGCUUCUGCCUAAAUUUUUCAUAACUUUUGUCUACUUAAAAACAAUAUUUAUAGAAAUCGGUUACUAAAAACCUGGUGAAAUCUAUUCAUGAAAUAUUAUUGUAGUUAUUUAAUCAUUAGACACUUUUAUUUAGCCAGAGAUUUAUGCUAGAACAGUCUGUCUUACCAAUGAGAAUUCAUAGCUUAUCUAGUUACUUAAUUUGAAUUUCCCAUUUAGUCUGGUCCAUAAUCCAAUAUUUUCAGAGUAUGAUUGUAUUAUCAUAAUAUGUUUUUACUCCUAAUACAUACGAUAUAUAGUGUACAGUACUUGAUGUUGCAGAUUUUGGAACUCGGAAGAGUUGGAUAAUUUCUACGGCCACAGAAUGCUAUUUGGAUCUUGGUAAGCCAGUGACUAUUUCUUAAAAAAGGGUGUAGAAUAAACCCUCUUCCAAAAACCUACACAGGGAACUUGCACAUAAUUUCUAAUCUGACAAGAAAUAUUUAAACUUCAAACAAAUUGUGUCGUAAGCAGUAACGGUGCGGAGGGGCCCGCGCGCUAAGGGGGGUGCCCGUGAGCCUUGACCGGGAUUUUUCAGGAAAUUUUACCGGGACACGGGCUUGCGAUUGUGUGACAGGCUCAGCCACACGGCCCCUAUUAAAACAAAAUUUAUAUGAGAAUUACCAUACGCUAUUUUUUUGACGAAAAUUUCUUAAACCCAGUUAUAGCACUAGGGCAAGUAGUUUACAACAGCUAAACUGACACUAUUACUUGACGGAUUGAUAUAAAUUCCCUUCCAACCUAAGUAAAAAGAUUGCCAUCAGUCGUGCAGGUUGCAUCAACUGCCCUCGAGGACUGUGUGCAGUCGCUAUAAUAGGGCCGUAUUUAGAACCAAUGCGGCCCCCGGGUCACACCAGAGAGGGCAGGGCUCUCUAUGCUGAUUCAACUAAAUGAGCUUGAAAAUUUUUUUACGAUCAAAUGGGCAAAUACCUAGGUGACUAAAGGCUAGGACACUAGCUAAUAAAUAAUGCCAUUCUUCCAUUGAUGCUAAAGGAUUUUCAUUUAAUUUCAUUUCUUACUAUUAGGAGGCUGCCCUUUAGAUUUGUUUACUUCGAGUCAGCUAAAAAAUUUUACUUACCUAUGGGCCUCGGGCCAAAUCAGAAAGGUCCAAAAAAGGUUUGCUUUGGAAACUGGUGAUUUUUAUAUAAUGUAGAUUUUCAAGCCGAGUAGAGCCUGGACUAUAAGCCUGAGAGAUCAAGCAUAAAGUCAGAAAAUCAAGCUCGAGCCGAUUUUCUCACUACUCAAUACAAUAAUGCCCAAUUGAAAGUAAAAGCUUUUAUGUCCGCGAGGGUCACACUCUCGAAAUUGAAAGAUUAGGCCUACGAUUUUGCCGCGAUCGCGGAUAUUGACGACAACAUUUCCCCGCGGGUGAGGAUAUUUUCCGCGAUAGCAGAAGACGAUGAUGACGUUUCUUUUUCCACGAGAGAUAUAUCUAGGAUUUUGCCGCGAUUGUGGAAAAAAUUAUUUCCCCGUCACCACAGGUCGCGGGAGAUAUUAGGGAUUGGGCCAUACGACGAUGAUGUUGUUAUCUGAUGAUGUCAUAGGUUUGGUUGUAAUCACUGUAGACUAUGAUAAUGUUUCUUCCAUGACUACGUGAAGUAUUCACGAUUUUGCUGCAAUCAUGGAAGACGAUGAUGACGCCUCGGGAGAUGCUGUGCCAAGCAAAAGUGCAAGUUAAGGCGGUAAAACAUGCGAUAAUGUUUUUAAAGAUUAUUGGGAGAGGGGGCUUGGCGAACAUACUUGCGGGGGCCUUUGGGCUUUUAUCGCCGCCACUGGUCGUAAGGAAUAAAAAGCAGAGAUAUAUUUAGAUCAUAGCAUUCUUAUCUUAAUAGUAAUUUAAUUUUUAAAGUGUAGCUUUACAUACUUUUCCCAUUUAUAUUGAAAAACACUCAAAAUUAGAACAUUUAUUUUAUAACACUUGUGUUUUUUUUAUACAAUAAGUGUAAAGUAUGGAGAGAUAGAACAAUAAAGUUCAUCCUUUUUUUGCAGCUCCUGUUUUAGGCUGUAAAGAAAACUAGAAAGGCUAUGAAUUCUAUUGAGUAUCGUUUUAUACCCUUUCAAAACUUAAUUUAAGAUUAAACUUAAGUUUGAGAACUAGUUGCUGCAUCAUCAUAAAUUAUCAGUGACUUAAUACAAAUGUAACAAAACAAAAUCAAUAACGAUGUACUUUAGAUGCCAUGCACCUAGAGAACUGUAUACUGUACAUUGUAUAUUGUAUUGUGUAUAGUGUAUAGUGAAGGUCAUGCUUGGGACUGGAGUGAGGGCUGCUGCAACUUAUCGCUUGCCUUAUCCUACAGUUGCAUGUUUAUCCGAUGAGAAUUAAGGUAACAACCCUACUAUAAUUUUUGCAUGGGUUUUUAGACUGAUUGUUUUAGGACUGAAUCAGAUGUAUAUUGUGUUUUCAUUAACAAGAAUUACAAUUCCUUUGAUUGUUUGAUUGGAAAGUAUUUUAAUUUAUCUUUUGCAUUUCACACAAACGUAGAAAGAAUCAAAUUUGUGGAUUAGAGUGUUUUUAUAAUAGGAAAUGAAUCAAGGAAGUUUUUAUGUGCAAGAAAGUUAAAUGCCAGUCGAUUUUUAUAUGAAAACAUGUCAACACUCGACUCGUGUAACCUAGUGAAUGUUAGAUGUUAACUUUGCAGUUGCAGUGGCAGUAACAGUGAGUACGCAAUGUGCAUGCUUGUUGCUGCACCCCCUGACCUAUCCCUCCUCGCACGGCAAUUACUACAAUGUUUUACUACUUCCUCCUGGCACCACCGCCUAGCCGUCCGGUUCAUAAGACCUGGCGGGUUCUUUUUUACUUAUUUCUGGGCGGUGCCGCUCAGGAGGACUUUCACAACUGGCCCGUUUUUCGUUUCAGGAACAGAAACAGAGUUGUUUCUGUUCCUGAACGUGCUUUUAUCAUUGCAUUCACCAGAACUACACGCUUUAAGAUCACGGUUCAAAUUCAUAUUUCAUUCACUGAUUAUAUACACAUGUUGAUGUAAUUUAAAUUUAUACUUCCACUCAGCUCAUAAUCAUUAUCAUAUGGUCAUUUUGAUUUUCUUUAUUUUACUUGUUAUCUACAUGACUGUUUCAUUGUAAUAAGGAAGAGGAAAUGAAGAAGUGAGAUGUAAAGCACAAUAAAUUAAGUAAUUUUUGUAAAAGAUGGUUUUGCUGUUGUGUUUUUUAAGCAUUCAAUCGUUUCUAUUAAAUACUUUUUCUUUUCAAUAGUAGUGUUAAGAACAUUUGUAAUUAGACAUGAGUAUGUUAUAGAAUAUUAUUGUUAAAUUAGCGUUUAAAUCUAUUAAUGUUUAAAUACCUGACAAAAAGAGUUUUCUUUUGAUUUUAUACAUAUGUUGAGCUUUGGAUAGAAGUUAACUGUCUUCCUUUCAUAUACAGUCUUUUUGUGAAUGUUAAUGAGUGAUUUUGCAUUUUUUUUACUUACAGUGUAACAUUGAUUUUCCCGUUUUUGUAAUGACCACCUACCCAAAGGAGCCAUAUGGCUGAUUGUUAAUUUUGUUAUUGUUAUCAAGAUCUUCACCAGCUUUUGUUACUUCAGGUUUUAUGACUAUUCUAUACAAAUCUACCAUUUAUGUAGUUGUACUUUAUAAGAAUAAGUAAAUACAUGUAAAACUGA